UAAUAAAUCAGUCUUACAUGAACAUUUUACCUGUUGGUGCUAUUUUUAAUAUAAAACGCACCAAUUCGUAUAAGUGAUGCUGUUUUCCUAUUUCGCUGGUCGACCAACGUGAUAAUGGUCACCGUGAGGUCAUUUUUAUUAACUUUGAACGUAAUUUUUCUAACACAACCGUACAAUUUUUCUGAGAGUGCAACCGCCGAAUGUACGCUAACUGGCAAUUCUCUGGAAAAUUUAUCUUCAAUAUUAACAACUUGCAAAGAAAUCUCAAUAGCAAAUCUUCAAGUUCCUGCAAACGAAACGCUCGCUUUGCAUGCCCAAAAUGAUUCGAUUAUAACAUUCGAGGGAAAUAUUACCUUCGGAUACAAUGAAAGGACUGGUUUUCUGAUGACUAUUCGGGGAAAUAAUAUCACAGUUGUUGGAGCUCCGGGACAUUUACUUGAUGGUGGUGGAGCCAGAUGGUGGGACGGUCUCGGUGGAAAUGGUGGAAAGAGAAAGCCAUACUUCGUACAGCUCCGGCUCAAAAACUCUUUGCUCAUAGGAUUAAAUGUAAAAAAUACCCCAAAACAUUGUUUUAGAAUAUACUACAGCGAAGAUGUGAUCCUAACUGAUAUUACAUAUAACAAUUUAGAUGGCGACACACAAGGAGGUCACAAUACUGACGCUUUCGGCAUAUCCAAUUCAAAGAACAUAACAAUUACGAAUUGCAUCGUAUUUAAUCAGGACGACUGUAUUGCCAUAAUGUCAGGAAGUGGGCAUGUUAUUACAAAUAAUUUCUGUUAUGGAGGUCAUGGAAUAUCGAUUGGAUCUGUCGGAGGACGUGAUAACAAUGUCGUCAAAAAUAUCUUUAUAAAAAACAACACUGUUGUGAAUUCUGAAAAUGGAAUUCGUAUAAAAACCAAUUACAACACCACGGGCAUUGUUACAAAUGUUACUUUUGAUGAUAUCACUAUUGAAAAUAUUACCGAUUACGGUUUUCUUAUUCGUGGAGAUUAUUUGAACAGUGGACCGACUGGAAAUCCCACACGUGGUUUCGAGCUGUCUCAUUUAAACUUCCGAAAUAUUCAUGGCACAGUCCAAAGUGGGGGAACUAACGUAUAUGUUUUGCUAUCCAAUGGGGUAGCUUCAAACUGGACAGCUGAAGAUAUUAAAAUUGUUGGUGGACUCAAAAAGGAUGUUCAGUGUUUAGGAAUUCCUAGCGACUGCGGCCUUUCCUGCAAAGAUCAUAACGGUGGUCCUUCGCAAUAUCUCUCAUUAUUCUUGUUAAGUACUUUAAUAUUUUUAAUUGUUUUGCGAUAGUGUUUUUUUUUGUAUAUCAAAAAAUUUCAUUUGUU